GUUAUGAAUUGCAAUUUUAUCGAUGUUUAAUAUAAUUCAAUUGAUUUAUUUUCAAAUAUAGUGACAAAUAUCGCUAUAUAUCACAUAAAAGUAAUUUAUUUUAUCUAUUCACUAUCAUAUUUUUAUGUCAAUUGAUAUUAAGAUCGUAAUCAUAACCUAAAUAUCAAAUAAUAAAUAAUAUAUUUUAAAUUUUAAAAUAUCUUCUUAUAAUUUUAAUAAUAUUAUAAAAUAUUAUUAUAAUGAAUCUACCACGAAUAUUAAUAAUAAGCACAGAAAAAGGAAAAGCUAAUGAAAUUGCUAUAAAUAUAGGAGGAGAAAAAUUAUCUAACCAAGAUCACUUUGAUUAUUAUUUAUGGAAUAUUCAAAAUAAAUAUUACAAAGCACAGGUAUUGAUAUGUGUUAUAGAAAAUUCUUCUCAAGAUAUUUCAAUCAAUGAUGUGGAAGCAUUGAUUGUACAUCAUAAUCCACAGACAGAAAAUGCAGAUCAGAAUUUAAAAGAAUGGUCAUCUUUGAUUGCUUCUUUAGCAGAAGUAGAAGUAUUACUAUUUUCUUGUAAUUUUAUAAUAGAUACUGUUAUUAGAAACAAAGUGAUAAAAUGGUGUCUACAAAAUAGAUUUGAAUUAAUUGAAUUAAAUAGACCUGAUAUAGAUGCUUCAGAAGCUGAUUCAGAAAAUAACAAAUAUGGUAUUGAGAGAAUUAUUGAAGCUUUACAUGCUCAUAUGUGGCCAAAUAUGACACUUAAAGGAAAACCAUCAGAUAUGGAAGAGCGAAAUCCUGAUAUGAAUAAAGUUGAAGAACAAUUUGGGAAAAUUGAAUUAAAUCAAGAUUCUACAGAAACAUUGCCAAUAGAAAAUAUGUUAGAUGGAAUUAUGGGUGAAGAAAAUACAGAUUUUGGAGAAUUGUUUAGUCAAUUAAGGGCUAUGAAAGAACAUGCAGCAUUAUUACCAACUAAUCAAAGACGUAUAGCAGCUGAACAAUUAGUCACUGCUUUCUGGAAAGCAAUGGGUGGUGAUCCAUCAGAAAUGGAAGAUUAAUCUACAUAUUUAUUUUAUAAUGCAUACAAAUUCAUAUUAGAAACAUUUUAUCUUAGUAUUUUUAUUUGGAUUUGAUAUGUUAAUUUUCAAGAACAAAACAGCAAAAAUAUUGUUAGAUAAUUAUAAA